AUCCAACCAACUCGUAUCAAAUAUACAUGCCCCAUCAUUCCUUUACCGGCAUUAACUCACCAAUUCGUUGGAGCUCUUAAACUUCCUUUCUUAAAUAUAACAUCAAUUAUCGGUUGCGGAACGAUAACCUCCGUGGUUGUCAAUCAACCAACAGAACUUUCAUUGAAUAAAACCUUUACAGCUGUCUCAGUUCAGGACAAAUAAUUAAGAAAAAUCUAGCCAUAUCGGGUAUUGCGACGCCACCUUGGCUGAUUACUUGCAAAAAUGUCAGACGACGACCUGGAUCCGCAUUCUCGUGACCAAGUCCCCCAGAUUGUUGGAAGCCCAAUACGCAUCCUAGAGCUGAACGAGAUCGGUCAUACAGCUCAAGGAAGGUCAUCCAUGCGGUUUAACGAUAAGAAAACUAAAGAAAUCCUCUCUCGUGCGGACAGUCUACCCUUCUCCAUCCUCUGCAUAACGGGUGAGGCACGCCAAGGGAAAUCUUACUUUCUUAGCUGUCUCAUAAAAUAUCUGCAAUGUUUGGAAUCCGGUGUAAAACCAACCAUCGAACUUGCCUCGAACAAGGAAUUUUUCCACUUUGAAAAUGGCACGGAACGAAUGACAACCGGCGUCUGGAUGUGGUCACACCCUUUCAAACUACAACAAGAGGACGGGACCCCAUACGCCUUAUUUCUGAUGGACAGCCAAGGACUGUUUGACAAGUGGACAGGAAAUAGGGAAUGGGUUGGACUCGCAGGGUUCAGUUUGCUCGCCUCGUCCUGCCUCAUCUUCAACACGGUGGAUUCUUUGAGAGAAAACGUUCUCGAAUUCUUCUCCACUUUCUGCGAAACCACGGCGCAUCCGCUCACUGAACUUGACGAUGAUAAGGAAGAAAUUGGUUUAAAAUUCUUCCAGAAACUUGUCGUCCUCAUUCGAGAUUGGGGCUUGUACGAUAACAUUGAUUAUGGCUGUGCGACUGGAAACUCAUACAUUUUAAACAGGCUGCUACCUGAUUUGAAAGCUACGAAAAUGCAUAACCGGUCAAGGAAAUUAAUCACUGACGCAUUCACAGAAAUUAAUUGCUGCUUGCUCCCACCACCAGGAGAGGAUGCAAAACGAAAAGAAUUUCAAGGGCAUCGGGCCGAAUUGUCGGAAAAAUUUUAUAAGAAAAUGUAUGACUUUAUCGAAGAUCUCGUCGUCCUUGGAAAUAUUCCCGUAAAAACUGGCAUAAGAUCCAGAGCUACCAUGUUACCGGAGGCAUUUACUGCAAUUUUAGAUCUCUACGUGCAGACCUACAACAAAAACGAGACAUUGAGCCCAAAUGACCUAUCCAUGAUUAAUAUGCAAGCUUCAAACGAAGCGGCGGUGCAAUCAUGCGUCAAGGAAUACCGGACAAAGAUGUCACCUGAAAAUGCACCAAUUAGCGUGGACGACUUGCAAGAACUUCACUCGUGUGUAGAAAAUGAGAUAAUGCAAAACUUUCGAGCAAUUAAGAAAUAUGGGGAUGCAGACGUUAAGAAGAAAUACGAAAAGGAUUUGACCAAUAAAAUAAAAAAUAUCUACGUUCAAAUUAAGAGAACCUAUGCAAAUUCUGGGAAACAAAAAUUGGAUGAGAUUAAGAGUCUAGCUAAACAAGAAUUUCUACAGCAAAUAGAGAUAUUUAUGAAGCCAGUUGAUUUGAAAAAUGUCAACCAAUUUAUUACAGAACUGAUAUCCAGGUCUACCAGAGACGUCGACAAAUCCGCAAGCAUUGCUAAAAUUAAAAUGACUGACGAGGAUCGCAAGCAACUUGAAGAAUUUUUUACGGCGAAGGGCCAAGAGCUUAGAGACAAAUGCAUCGUUAUGCAAAAUAACGUAGAUUCAGUCGUACAAGGUCAAAUUAAUUUGUUUGAAAGAAAAAUCAAUGACACGUUGGAAAAUCUUGGUCAAACAUAUGGCGACCACAUUCCAGAAAAUGUAUUAACUCGUGCUGGAAAGGAGUUGGAAUCAAAAAUGCUGAAACAGUUGGACGCACAACUAACGCAGCUUCAAAUAUGUCCACAAAAUAUAGUAGAAAGUAGGGACAAAUUUUCUACUGCAUUGACAAAAAGAAUGGACCACCUUCAAAUGGAAAAUGCCCAAAAUCAGACCAGGACAACUGCUCUCCUUGACGACAUUGUUUCCAAAUAUGCUAUGGAAAUAAGCAAAAUUUGGAAACAAGCAGUUUUUACGGAAUCGUACACGGUAGAUGAAAACUGGAUGGAGAAUCUUAACCAAAUGUAUUUGCCCUUGCAAACCAAAGCAGUUGAUGAAUUUGAGGAAACUUGCAAAAUAGAGAAUGUGAUAACAUUAUCCAAAUUUAAAAACACGGUCAAAUCAAAACUUGAAGAAAACUUCAACUUCUUCGUAACUGAAACUGAAAAUAUUUUGUCUAAGGUAAAACGUCUUUUUACUCAUCACACGCAAACAUUUGAGCAAGAAUUACAAGAACGAAUUGAUUUGGAUGAUGUGAUAUCAAUUCCAACCCCAGCGAAGUAUGACGAGUUAUGCAAGCAUCACUUGGAAAUGUAUCAAACAGCGCUUGAAAAUGAGGCCAACAAAUUUCCUGCCUUUGUACUUCCAAUUUCUGAAAUUGUCACCCAAAUAAGCAAAGAAUGGGUGGAUAUCCUUAAUGGACAUGUUCAGCAAAAACUGCAAAAUGUAGAUCACCAAAGAGACAUUAUAAUAAAAUCUUUGCAUGAAGCGGAGCAAUUAUUCCUUGACCAAUUUAACCUCAAUUCCAUCACUUCUGUGCAAGAUCUUAGUAAGCGGAACGAUUUAGCUGUCAAUAAAGCUAUGAAAUUUUUCAAAAAUGAAACCUCAAGGUUAUCGGAGACAAUUCGAAAGGAAGGAGAAGAUUCAUUAAUGGAGACCCUUAAUGAGAAAUGGUUAAAUAUACAAAAACAAUUUACUAGUUCAAUGCAAGCCCAUAAACUACGUCUCCAAGAAAAUGUGUCGAGGAAUAUUACAGAAUUUCAGAAAAAUCUCGAGGAAAAAUUUGGGAAUUCAAAUUCAAUUGAAGGGAAAAGGGUUUAUCAAGCUGAUGAAGUAAGGCAGUUUAGCACAAGAGAAUUUGAAAAAGCAAUUUGUUCUCUGAGACAAUUGUCAUCCUCAAUUAAUUGUCAGGAUAUUAUCUGUAAUGAGUUUGUAGUCAAGAUGGAGCUUGAAUUUGAUUCUAUGGCUAAUGAUGUAAUUACACAGAACAAAAACAAUGAACUUGCUUUCAUGUCGUUCCUACAAGAGGCUGUACAUCAGACUGUAAAACUAAACAAGGAAAGGGAAGAUUCGAUUGAUAUAUUAACCAACCAGGCUCUCAUCAUAGAAAAAGUUAUCACACUGGUAAAUUUAGGAAAUUAUGUCAUACAUGAGGAUUCAGUCAAAAGGUUGGCUCAAAAUGAACUACAGAAAUAUAAUAUGCUGCAGCAGCAACAACGACCACAAACACCUCCAAUUUUUAAUGAACCAAUUCCAGGGACGUCUAGCUCAUUUAGAAGCAUGCUCAGCAAUGGUGAAAAUUCAUCUGAAGAUCUUAACAUGGAUACAAGUAACAAUGACACAAUUCCAUCUCCAACUACACUUCCUAGCAAGGUUUCUGAUUUUAACGCUGAGGCAGAAAUUGAAUUACUUUUAGAAAAUUUCCGCCAAUUUCUAGAUCAUCAAAAUCUAACAGUUUACGACCAGGACAAAAUAGAGAUUGAAAAAGAUAACAUAAUUAAAACACUUUUGACAAAGUUGGAUGACAAAGAAAUGGAGCACAGCGACUGGCCUGACAAACUAAAAAAAAUAUUAGAUAAAGACAGUGAGACUUUUAAGAAAAAAGUUGAAAACCAACAACGAAUCGACAAAGAUUUGGCGACAAGGGCAUUCAACUUUUACAAGGCUGAAAUUAACAAGCAUAAAAGCAAUAGCGAAUCCGCCCAAUUCCUAACACCGCAGGAUUUGAACGACAUGCACGUCUCGUCAAAGAAUACGACCAUGCAAAAAUACACCAAUCUAAGCCCUGAACAUGCCGAGCAAUUAGAAUCCUUGAUAGAGAAGCAAUUUGAGCAAAUGUGUCUUGAACAAAGGGAAAAUUCCGCGUUGGAACCAGCAAUUGGAAUCGAUUUGGGGACAACAUUUUCCUGCGUUGCAAUCUUUUGGGAAGGAAAAAUGACCGUAAUUCCGAACGCACACGGGAAGAAAACGACGCCAAGUUAUGUCGCAUUUAAUUCAGAUGGCUCUCAUUUGGUUGGUGAGCCAGCAAAAAGUCAAGCAUUCCUGUAUCCCGCUUCCACCAUUUUUGACGCCAAGCGAUUAAUCGGGAGACCAUUUUACGAUGAAAAAGUGCAGGAAGAUAUUGCCAAUUGGCCAUUCAAAGUAGUGCAGGAAUUAGGCAAGCCAAAAAUUGAGGUGAACGGAGAAACUUACCACCCAGAACAGAUCGGAGCUAAAAUUCUGGUAGAGAUGAAACACGUGGCAGAGGCUUUCUUAAAACGAGACGUUGUGAAUGCCGUCGUCACCGUGCCUGCUUAUUUUAACGAUGGACAACGCCAGGCUACACGUGACGCAGGGGCAAUGGCUGGCCUGAACGUGAUUCGCAUUAUAAAUGAACCAACAGCGGCAGCCUUCGCGUACAGUUUAGAACGUCAAACAACUCAGCAACAGAGCAGGCAUGUUCUUAUUUACGAUUUCGGGGGAGGGACUUUUGAUGUCAGCAUUCUGCAUAUGCACCGCAAUCAAAUCAGAACCUUGACCGUGAACGGGGAUACACAUUUGGGAGGAGAAGAUUUCGACAGCAAUAUUGUAGCUUAUUGUGUCGAGAAAUUUAAGGCGGAACACAAUAUCGACUUGGUGCUUGGAAGGGACGAUGCCAGCAACCCAUUUCUACAGUCGAAGGUGCAACGUCGCAUUCGAAGGUUGCGACAUACUUGUGAACAAGCCAAAAUUACGUUGUCCGAGGCAUCAACGGCACACAUUAAUUUGGACCUAAUCCAUGACGAUCUGGACUUAAACGUUGACCUGACAAGGCAAGAAUUCGAAGCGAUGAAUCAAAACCUAUUUGACAAAUCCCUCUCAUUAGUGGAGAAAGCUUUACAAGACGCAAAACUCGGGAGGGAUAAAAUUGACGAGAUCGUUCUGGUGGGCGGUUCAACCCGGAUCCCGAAAGUGCAGGAGAUGUUGACCAACUAUUUCGGAAAACCUUUAAGCAAAUCGGUCAACCCGGAUGAAGCAGUGGCAUGUGGGGCAGCAUUGCAAGCGGCCAUUCUAACUGGCAACUUGGCGACACAGAUGAAGUCGACAAAGUUGAAUUUAGGUCAGCGACAUCGAGCUUUGGUUGAGAUGCGAGUUUCGGAUGUGACCCCUUAUGCGACGGGGGUCGAAUUAAUCGAUGGCACGAUGUCAAUCAUCAUCCCAAAAAAUAGCCCCGUCCCAACCAAACGAACUGAGACUUACUUGACGUCUUAUGACAAUCAGACAUCUGUCCUCAUCGUCAUUUAUGAGGGAGAACGUCCCAUGGCUGUGGAAAAUCAUAAGGUGGGUGAGUUUUACUUGAAUGGAGUACCACCCGCUGGGGCGGGACAACAGGAAAUUGAGGUCACCAUGUCGAUUGAUAAUGAAGGGAUUACACAUGUCACUGCCGUCUGUAACACGAGUGGGGUUGUGCAAGAGCUCAUUGUUACAGAACACAAGGGAAGAAUGGGGGCUGCGGAGAGAAAUGCGUUAGUGGAAAUUAAUUAAAUUAUGUACCUAAAUUAAUAGUGUUUUUGGUUAACUAACUAUUUAUUGACCAAAAUAAUAAUAAAUAGUUGGAUUUUGAGAAAAAUUGAA